ACUUCUCACUAGCUUGAGUGGACUUCUCAUGUUGAAUGUAAAAAAAGUAAGCUCUGCUGUUCGCAUGUCUUCCGAAAAAUUGUAUUCUCCCAUUUUUCUUUUCGUUCUAGAAACGGAACCUGCCGGCGAUUAGGUAAUUUUCGCUCCGUAAUUCAACGAAUAAGUCUUUUUGUGAGUUUGGUAGCGCUUGCCAAUACUUUUUGAUAAUUCAAAAAAGUGAUUACGGUACCUGAAGGUGCAAAAACCACCUUGCAGCAUAGGAUGAGUUCUUCGCGCAAAGCUCUGUUUAUAUUCUAUUUUGCUGCGAUGAUCGAGUACGUUUUGGCGUAUACUCAUCAGAAAAGUGGCUUUGGUAGCCGACGCCUCGACCGCAGCAUCGACCGGAUUGGCAGUCCGUAUAUGAAGGACUCAACGUUUUUUCCGCGUCGAGCCUUGUGGAAUAGGCUUCUGUUGCCUUUUGCACUUACCACAACGUGUUCCACGAAACUCUUGGACCCACAAAGUGCUUGGGCGGCUGCACCCUCACGCGUAGAGGGAAUUGGAGGGGGCUUUGACGUGAGACAGCCUCCACUUUCGGCAAUAAAAAUUCCCGACGUUAUAUAUCCGGCGUCUAUGGAGGGAUUAUGGAGCUGCGAAAGGCGGAUCAUCAGUGUCGAGGGAAACUCUGAGCAAGCGCGGGAAGCUUGGACUGCCCUUGGCGGUAGCAAGCCAAAAUUAUUUGGCCCCGACCAGUUUGAAGAAUACUUGACACGCUUUUUUAUACCUCCUUUUAAUCACCCUCAGACUUAUACGUAUAAUGAUAGCGAAGCCGCUGGGGUCGCACGAGAUCGUGGCUUCGAGAUUCUCUCGCGAGCUAGCUCGUCUCGAAGUGUACAGUGGGAAGUGGCACACCCAAACUUGCUUCGAUACUCUCAAGAUGGCACGAAUCAACAAAAUCGCUACGUAGAACUUCUGGUUGUACAAAGGAAAAGCGAAAUUCCCACUUCUUCGGGCUUUGGGUUUGACGAGCUUAUUCGAAUAACUUCAGCUGCUGGGGGAUUUAUACCCGGAGGCAUUGAAAAAGUAGCGCGCGUUCAACGAAAAUAUAGGCGGGCCUUGAAUAAUGCUACUGGGGCUAGAAUUGUCGAGGGCAUUGAACUUGUGAAGACCUUCCGAGUUUUGGAUGGUGUAGCUGGUAUUGAGAUGCCAACAAGUACGACCAAGUCAAUGCUACGAAUGAGUCGUCCGAACACCGCUUGA